CACCGCAGGCGAAAGCCUGUGAGUUCAUUAUAGUAUUUUACCCGCGCUAUAGUCUUGGUGCCUCUCGCGUGUGUUAUGUUCAUUGUUCUCUCGUGCCGUUCUCCAUUCAUCACCCCCCAAGUUUAUUUUAUCUUCCGCCUUUAAAAAAGGAUUAUAAUAAUCUUUGAAAAAUAUAAUCCUCAAAUUGUCCAUUCUUUUUUUUUCGUGAUGGUUUUUUCUUCUGCAUUGGAAUUGAAAAAUUGGUGAACACGGCGAUUAUGUGUAUGUUCUCCAAGCAAAGUGUUAUUGUUGGUGGGCCCUAUAGUUGUUUGCCAUUCUGUGUGAAAACAAGUGGAAGUGCACAAGAAUUAUUUUUCUUUCGGAUUCUUUUUUAGUUGAAUGUUUAAUUGUGAAAAUUUUUAUACGUGAUGCAAAUAAAAUUUGCCAAAGCGGCGGCGCUUACGUUGGAAAGGAAUUUCGAAUGCAGUGGAUCGAGUGAAUAAACUGUGGGAUUCUGGAAUGUGCGCUGACAGGUAACCUCCUCCGCCACCGCGCCGUCGCAAUCGGGGAAUAUUUUCUAUUCAGGCCCCGAAGAUCGGUCAUUUAUUCCAGCCAGCAAUCUCUAGGGCUGGGUGCCUCGGAUACCUCAGGAAAGAGCUCAUGAAGCCCCUCGAGGAAAGGCGGAAAGGGGGUUCACAGUUCGACGGAGCGGUUAAUGACCGAGGAACAACAACAACAACGAAAAAAGUCAGGAUCACGAGGUGGUGGUGGUGCUCCCGACGGAGAUGAACGACUUGACGUCGUCGUCAAUGAUCAGAUUUCGUCAGGACGAUGUUGACGAGAAUUUUGAUAUUGAUGAAGAAGAAGAAUCAUUAGAUAUGGGACCGGAUAUGAAUUUGGUGAACGGACCAAACCCCUGGCUUCCGGCAUACGGAUUCCAAAUUCAACAUCACAACAGUUAUAAUUCAACCCACGAGGAUCUACGCACUAAUGAUACGGUGCUGGUGCAGCAAGUUGAUUUUCUGGAAACAAUUCUCGAGGAAACUUCUGAUGAUUUACAAAGCGAUUCUGAUCGUAGUGGCACCACCUACUGGUUGGGUUCUGAUUCGGAAACGGAGAGCGUAAUUCAUAUAAAAGCCAACCAGAGAGCAGCAGAGGAGAAAUUGGACGGCAGUGGAAGUGAGUGCAAUUCGGUGGUACCAAAGAAAAGAAGACGUAGAAACGGUACUGACCAUCAUCACCAUCAUCAUCAUCAUCAACAACAACACCAACAACAAUUACAUCAUGACAGAUUCGAGGAAUCGACGACAUUCGGCGAGGAAUUUCCCACCUCGCCACGAUCAUCAAGAUCAUCGGGAUCCUCGAGAGCAAGCUCUCUUCUCCAAUUUGAAUCGCUCGAGAGGACCUGCGCCACAUUCUCGCCGUCCUGCUACAGUUUCGACUCCCUCGAGUACGCCAAUCGAUCCAACGCUUCGAGACUGGAGAACAACACAUCGCCCGACAGCCUCGAAGAUUACGAGAGGGUGGUGCCCAACGGUUUCCCGGGUCCACCGGGUGAUUGUCUCCCACGUAUCAGACCCUAUCGCAGCUUCGAAAGUCUCGACACUUGCCAAAAGGAUCGUGACGUGGGACAGGAAAUUGUGUCCAAUGGUUUCGCACCUCUUUUCUCGAAGAGGAACAGCGAUUUAUCUCGGACACGCAGGAGCAACGGGGGCAGGAGAGGUUUUUGGUACGACGAGUACGACGAAUACGAGGAGGAUCAGGAGGACCUCGACGAGGACGAGAUCCUUGAAGUGCCUCAGCAAUCGGAUUUGGAUCGUUUCGAGGACGGUUUUCGAGCAACAGUGUUUGGCGACUCCAGCACAAAUUACGCGACUUCCCUCGACUAUCGCAAUACAAUUGAUCUUCGUGAAAUUGGUCUCGAGACGGAGGAAGACACAUUUCUUGGUUUAAAAUCUGGCCAAAGCAGUCGGCUAAAUAUAACCACUAAUAUGGCCGCUGGACGUAACAAUAUGGUGGCUAGCCAGCAUCAUCAUCAUCAGCAGCAGCAGCAACAGCAGCAGCACCAACCAGGGUGGAGCAAGAAGUCAAGUUUUAAUUUUAGAUUCACGGAUAAAUCUCAAAGCGCUCCCAGUCUGCCUUGCAGCUCCUCGGAGUCCGCUUACAACGAUAAUCUCGGCAACUAUUCACCUUUUGGUUCGUCGAAGACGACAGUUUUCGAAAAUUACACCCGCGUCACAAGUGUACCCGUGGAUUUAAAUCUUUGCGGAACUUCUUCUUCUUCCUCCAGCAAUGUCAUAAAGUCCUCCGAGAAGCAAGAGACAAAAAUGGCGGACGUUAUCGCAAUUGACGAGGAGGCGAGAAAUAGCGGAAGUAAAAAAAUCAAUCCGAAGAAGAAGGAGAGUGAAAAAUUCAAAGAGGAAGAAAAUAAAGUGAAUGAAGGAUAUAAAGUAAAUGAAGGAACUAAAGUGAAUGAAGGAAAUAAAGUAAAUGAAAUAAAUAAAGUGAAUGAAGGGAAUAAAAUGAAUAAAGCGAAUAAAGUGAAUGAAGUGAAUUCAAAGUCCGAGGAUGGGAAAAAAUCAUCGGUGAGAACACAGGAUCCACAAUCGGUCGAGAAGCAAAUUUUGUCAUACAACGAAACUCCAAAUUGUGAGGAGGAGGAUCUUCCAUUGGAAGACAAGCCAGUGACAUCGACAGUGAAGACACAGGACAGAAUCGAGAAUGUACUUGAGAUUGCGAUGGCUAUGGAAAACGACGUCGACGCCGUUGUUGACGAGGCCAUAAAACAGUUUAAGCGCGAAGUCAAGGAAGCCACUGCCGCUGGUAACACAAGCGAAGUCAUUGCCGCAAUGGAAACAGUGCAAAGACUCGCCUCAAGUAAACAGAGGCCAAGACGAGUGAAAAAUAAUGCGAGCUAUGAACUCGCUCAACAAUACGAAGUUAAUGAAAAAAAUCUCAGGCCCAUGCCAUCGUGUAUGGAGGACGAAGACGAGCAUCCCACAAAUUCACCAAGACGCUCGAAUUCCGGUCGUCGAGUUCUCAAUAAUGCGAGCUAUGAACUUGCUCAACAGUGUGACUAUAUAAGAGCACUUCAGUCAAAAUCAUUUCAACGUAUGAACGCCUGUGAAGAGGCAGAUGAAUCAAAGAACUCCAUAACGCAGGACGAGUCCCUUUUUACACAGAUAAAAAAAAACUCGGAUCUAUUUUCAGUCUAUGGAGAAGACGGUAGUUUUGAGGAGGAUAUUAGAUGUCGACUAGACGACGAGGUAGAUUAUCCCUGCUUGGAAAAUAAACCCAUUCAAUGUUUGGAGCAAGAUGUACUCGUGCACGUUGAAACCCCACCGACGAGAAAAGAAGCUUUCCGACGAGAAAUCAUUAGGAAAAAAAGUGACAGAACAAGAAGAGAGAGUCAAGGCGAUGUGGAUGAGAUUCGAAUUGACAGAGAUCAGAGAAUUACGGAAGGAUCUGGAGAACGAUUGUGGCAAUGUGAGAAAGAAACGGAAGAAAAAGAAGAAGGGGCUAAGAAUUGUGAGCGGGGUGAUAGUGACCACGCUUUCGUUUCAUCCCCACCUCGAGCUCUGGAAAGCCGGCAUAGUAGUGGUGGUAAUCCAGCAGUGGUCGUAGCGGUUGAUAGAAAUGAAGGCAGAGUUCGUGACAACGACGAAGACGACAACAACGUUGAUCAGGAGAAGAGGCCAGUGUUGAGCGAGAUGUCGACUGUGGCGAAACGUCUCGCUGGAGCGUCGUCGACGAAAAGCGACGUGACAGUGACAGUGGUGACACCGGAGAGAAAAAAAGGCGGCCUCGGUGGUUUUCUUCAGAGAUUUUCAAAAUUACGAUUUAGUGGUCGUUCAAAAGUGCCGCGUUCUGAGGUGCAGAAAAAAAGUGAACAAAUUCAACAAGUGAAUCGUGUGACUGUAAGACCGGAGGAAAUUCAAAAGCGGAAAUUGGAACCGGAUUAUAUUAUCAUUCCGCUUCAUCCCACUGAGGAGGAGAAGAGAGAAGAAGAACUCAGGAGGCAACAGACUGAUGCAUUCAAUAGAUCGUCAGAUUUUAACACGUCCAGUGUCAGCUCAAAUGGGAGGACGCCAGUAUCCAGUAAACCACCCUUGCCACCCCAGCCACCUCGUGCGGGGGCGCUCGGUGGUAGAAUAUCGUCGACGACCUCAUCAUCGUCGCGCAGGCGUGCAACAACAGACCUUGGAAAUCCGGCGAUCAUCGAGAUGGCGAAGGCCCGCACGAUGCAGGCCUCCCAGGAUCGGCCUGUCGGUCUUCUUGAGACCGACCUCGACGCCGCGGAGGAGGGCGUCGUCCCAGCGCCCUCCACCAACACCUCGGCGAGCAAAAAGACCCGCAGUCUACUCAACCUGAAUCAUACGACUCGUCCUCGUGGAACCGGCGACCUGGCUAACGAGAACGCCCUACACGUACCCCAGUCGCCCGUUGGCGCUGGUCACAGGACACCCUCCGACGCAUCCUGCGUCUCGAACAUCAAUCAACGACCUCACAAAUCCAUGGAGUUCCUUCUCGACAAGGAAAAUCUUCAUUUUGUCAAGCCGCCGGAGAACGAGUUACAGAAAGUUGGAGAGCGAACACCUAGCGAACACGAAUUGAGAGUGCAGAGAUCAUUGCAGAGACUGAACGUUCCAGAUUGGUUUAAAAAUUCGCCGGCAGCUCGAGACGGUUUUCGACUGAAGAGGCAUUCUGACGCAUCACAACACGGUGGCUGGCGAGCUUUAGGCUCGAAAACCACGUCCCUUUCCUCUCUUUCCUCAACGACAAAUAGACAACCAACCACAGGUGUCCUUCUGAGUCCAAGUCCAACGCCGCCAGUGUUUUCGAGAUGGAGUACAAGUUUGCUGAAUAGCGCCGGAAGUUCACCCGCAAGUUCCACUAGGUCGUCUUUCAAUCAUCGUCAACCUUACCUUGGUUGGCGUUCACAGGAACGUUUGGCGAAUCCUCGAACUCCAGCCGAACGUCUCGCUCAAGGAAUUCUUCCUCAGCUACAGUCUGCAAACAAGCAACAGCAGCAGCAACAACAACAGCAACAGACAACGAAUCAGCAGCUGGAGGUGAGGAAUUCGAUAAAGGAGGUGACGUCGGCCAUUGUGCAUUACGUACAAAGUGGUCAGGAAGUUAUAGGAGGUGGAAGGCUCUCGCCUCGACCUCGACCUGACGAUUGGGACGACAGGGGUGGCGCGAGGUCGACCAGCCCCAGAGGGAGCACGAGGUUGUGCUGGAUGGAGAGCUCUUUCGUGGGUACGAAGCCACUGGAUUCACCAGAGACGCCACUGAGCCUCGCCACCGAGACAGAAGGCUGUGCCGUGUGUAACGCCACUACCGCCGGGUCCUGCACAUGUGCAGACUCUGCGUCUUCCGGUCUCUUCCUGGACCUAACUCCAACCCGAGACGAUCUGCAAUUCCAUCAAAAUCAACGCCCAGGGACGAGUCCAUCUCCCUCGUCAACUCUCAACUACUCGCAUCAUCAUCACCAUCAUCAACAGUUACAGCCACAGCAGCAGCAACGACACCAUCGCGGAUCGGGGCAGUGUGAUACUGACGAGGCCAUGGCGACGGCAGCUCUUCUUCGGAACAAGCCGAGUCCCGGUUCGACCACUUUGGAGGACGUUCUAGACUCCCUCCUUGGUCUGCCUUCCGCUUCGCGAACCCCAAGCCCUGGACCUGGACCCGUUUCCAGUUCCACGUCCUUUCGUCAACGAACCAACGUCAAUCAGACGAAUGCCAAAGCCGGGAAGAGCUGUAGUGAUCUGCGCCAAGACCUCCAAGAGUCCGCUAAAAGUGUCCUGGACGUUCGAGCCAAGGAGGAUCAGGCUUCCUACUUCAUCGGCGAGCUGGUGCGUCGUAAGAGCGAGGGUAGCGACUCGCUGCCCUCACGAGCCAGUUCAAAGUCCACAACGAACCUGCGGCAACGUCGUGUCUCAUUCGACAAUUCCCAGGAGAACGGAGGAUUCAGCACCCUGGAGAAGAUAGUCCGCUGCCGAAACAACAAGUGCACGAACGUGACGAGCGUCGCCGAGGCCCGGAAGACCUACAAGAGCUGUCACAACUGCACCUGUCUCUACUGCUCCCGCGAGUGCAGACGCGCCCACUGGCAACGUCACCGCAAGACAUGUCUGCACUCGCGUGCCGGCGCACUCUGCAAGCAAGUCCUCUCCUCAGCCAAGGAGGACCCCACCACCCUGAAGCACGUCUCGGCCCUCGCCAAGCGGGGUUACGCCUCUCACGGUCGCGGCACCGUCAAAUGCUUCUUCUCCAGUCCCGAGGCCGCCGAGAAGUUCAUCAACAACGGCUUCAUCGACCUCGGUGAGCCGACCUACGUCCGAUGGUCGGACCUCCUCCCCAGCGAAAUGGGAGCCGAACUCUACGCCGAAGUCAUGAGACUCUGCAAGUCCUUCAACCCAGAAACGCGACUCGUCCUCUACGUGGCCGUGUGUGUCGUCAGCGAGGUUCCCACCAGCGGCGCCGUCAAAUGGGAACGACAAUUGGUCUCCAGGUGUGCCAAAAUUCGGCUCGACGCCUCCUGUCGUCAGCCCAAUUCAGCGUCUUCCGUGUCGCCCCAGAACAGACAGCAGACAUCGCCCUUGCAUUCCACGCUCAAGGACGUCGUCGAGUCGCCCGAGACACUCGUUCUCACCUCAUUGCCUGGUAGCAAUGGACAAAAUACUCCAAGAAGAUCGAGGGAAAUCAGCUUCAACAACAUUCAAACGCAGCUGAAAAUUCGGGGCGUCUCACUCAGGCGACACUUUCCCCAGGUGUACAAGAAACUUUGCUCGUACGUCGAUGGUUCGGUCGACAAAUUCGCCCCCGUCACCAUCUAUCCCCGGGACCAUGUUUCCGGGAAAAGUUUCAUGUGCAUCAUAAUGCUCGACGCCGAUCCAGAGCGAUUCCAUUUAUUGCCGACCGAAUCCACAAGGGUCCGAACUGUCGACAUCAGCGUAGAGCAAGAGUGAUUUACUUUCCUCUUUUUUAAAAAAAAAAUCUCCUGGAAAAAGAAUACAGAAAAACCGAAGUUUAUAGGCAGUUUCUAUAUUCUAUUUCCCAAGGAAGAGUUAUCGAAUGAAAUAAAAUGAAUAAAGCAUUUUUCUAUAAUAAAUUUUUGGAAAUCGCUUCGCAAAGCUGAAAGCAAAAAUUGUAAUAGUUAGACGAUUUUUUAUAGUUCAGACAAACCCGGGCAAAAAAACAUUCCGUUGACUCAUUGACUGACUGAAAAAGUAGGUUCUCGAUGAGGUUUUAAAGUUUUCCUAUAUACGUUCUUCGAUUGAAUCGAACGAUGAACGAACGUUUUUUUUUAUUGAUAAUUGUAUUUAAAUUAAAAAAAUCGUUUUUAAUAAUAGAAAACGAAGUUAUCACCGUGAUUUAUUGUUCUGUAUUAUACACUUCUAUUCUAUUAUAUAAAUAUAUAUAUAUUUGUCAUAUAAGCAAAGCGCCAAGCGCUCUAUUUAUUUCGUCUCUUAUCGAACGGAUUUUCUGUAAAUUAAAACUAAAAUAAAAAAAAAAACUAUUAAAUUCUACUAGAAAAAAUAUUUCACUAAAUAUAGUAAUUCAGUCCAAAAAAUAUUUAUUUAAAAAACAUACCCCAAACAGGGAAAAUUUUCGGUUGAAAAGAAAUUUUCAUUGUUCAGAAUAUUCUCUGUUUUGAAAAAUAUUGUCGACGAAAAAAUGGGUACAUGUCAAAAAAAAAAGCUGAAAGUAAAAAUAGAGCUGUAUGAAUAUUUAUCGUAGAAAAAUAAAUUUUAUUUAUUCGACAAUGUUAUUCGAGAAGAAUAUUUUUUAAUGUAAAGUAUAUAAAAAAAUGUGAAAAUCUUUCCGUCGAGAUU